AUAAAAGCGGUAGUAAAAUAACAUUGUUUGACAACUUAAAAACAGGUAUUUGACGUAUUUACUGUUGUGUCAAAAUUUUUCAAGCAAAAUGGUAUCGGGUCCGUUCGACAAGCUUUCUUUUCCGAAAUUCGAAAGCGAGUACAACUUCGAACAACGCAUUUUAAUAGUGUGGUUUGAACGGCAAUUCUCUCAAACGUUCUACACGCCCCGAAACUGCAGCAAUGCAUGCACCCUAAUUGCCAUUUUAAUGGCGGCAAAAUGUCACCAUACCAAGCUGAAGAUAAAUCACCCCCAGAAGUCUUUGAACACCGAAUUGAUAUAUAUGCUCGACAAAAGCAUGAGACAAGGAAACCACAUUCACGAACAGCUGCGACAGAACAACGUCUUGAAACACGUAAACCUAAGUGUACCGGAAGCGAUAAAGUUCGGAGAAGGCGAAACUCAGGGCAUGGUCGAGUGGAAGAGUCCAGUUUACACACAAUCAAUGAGUAAAUAUCUCUACGAACAUCUGAAGUCGUCUCAUAAGCUGUGGAUGAAAAUGUCAAAGAAUAAGCGACCGGACAACUUGUUCGUGGUUUUGGUCGCCGAUUCGAGGUCAGUCCUCUUUGUUUUCCAGGAGCAGACGGACACAAUAACGCUCAUCGACUCGCAUCAGCAUUCACAGACAAACGGAGCUAUCAUCGCGGUGUGCAGGACGAAUAGGAUGAGGAGUUUGUGCGAAUGGUUCACACAGAUGACGAUUAUGUUCUACAAAUGCGAUCCACAUCUCUACGAACUUUCUUUUUUGUAUUUUGAGAAGGAAGUCAUUCAAGAAAACUAAAUGUGUUUGGGAGAGGAUUAGCAAUAGUAAUGAUUUUUACUAAAAUAUUUUAAUAAUUAUACUUAGUUGCCUGGAUUUGUGAAUAUAAAUAUAAUUAUAUUUAUUAGUGAUUAAUAAAUUUUGGUAAAAACAAAUUAAAAA